CUGCAGCGUUGGGAAAGUGACUCGUGGGCCACCUCUCACAUUUCAUUGUGCCUCUCUGAGUUGGUCAGAAAGCUUUUCCUUCUCUGCUUCUCUAAGGUUCCUUUAAGGGCUGCGUGUCCUCUCUGUAUUUCAAGAGCCAUUACUGCAUGGCAAUAAUAAAGGGUAUUCGCUGGUACCACGAAAAACCCUUAUCUGUAGGAAGCUGCAGCCUCCUAAUUUGACUCCUGUCCAACCCUCCUUUUCCUUCAGCCAACCAGUGUAGGAUUCAUCAGCUCAUGACUGUCUUGCCAUGGCAUUCUCAUCACGCUUUGCAUUCUGGGAGCAAAAGGUUAAGGACGAAGACAAACCAUUGUCUAAGAAAAAAAAUGGAGCAGUUAACCAGAAUGGAGCUUCUGAAAAUACAGACUCAGUGAGUGAGGGGGAACAAAGCAAUUCUAAUCCAACAUCUCCAAGGAAUUCACAGCUAUUUCAAAACCCUUUAAGAACAAAAAGCCCUGAGCCAAUCCAAAGAUCUCUGAGAGUUCAGAGUCCUGAACCACGGCAAACCCCACUAACAUUAAAGAGUCCAGAGAGGUCACAAAGUUCAGAAAGUGGGACAAACUCUCAAUUGGUACUGAACGGUGAUGCCAAGCAGUCUAUAGAGAAGUCUGAAAUAGUUAUGCACAGAAAGGAAAGUGAGAGGACGGUUCAGACAGAGCCUGUUCCUGAUGAACCUGGUGUUACUAAGAAGAAAGUGGUAAAGGUGGUAAAGAAAAUGGUAAGGAAGGUCAUGCCACAGGAUGACGCAGGAAGUCGAAAAGAAGUAAUUCAAAGUGUAGGUUCCAAAAAUAUUGACAAGAUUGUGUCACCUGUCCCAAAGACACCACCUACACCGAAGAUUGAAACCAAGAAAGAGAACCCCAAGGAUGACAUUUCUGCUGGUCUCACUAAUCUUAUGUCAAGGGGAAAAAUGAAAGAGCAUCGACAAAAAGUUAAACCGCCAGAAAAGAAAGCGGAAACAUCAGCAGAUAAAGUGUCUCUCUCAGAAGAGAAAACAUUUGAGAGUCCAGCCACUCCUCCAGUGGCUGAAAAGAACAUUGAUCAGUCAGUACAUGUGGCCACACAAGCAGCAGAAAUACUUACUAUGUCAGCACCACAAUCUCCUGUAGAAAAGAAAACAGAGGCUUAUUUGAACAAGGGAGCGUUACCAAGCCAGAAUCAGAAGCAUCUGCAAACUCUUGUCACUGAUAAACAAGAGGGUGUAACCUCAGGACAGGCCGUCUGUGCGGUUUCACAACGUGCACCAGCAGAUGAAGCUCAGAAACGCCUGGAAAGGAUCUUCAUGGCAUCUCUGGAACCUACAGCCUCUGCCUCUUCUCCUCUGAGUCAGUCUGCCUCACAGGAUCCCACUGAUGAUGCAUCUGCUUCGGCUCCAAGCUCCCCUAAUGCUCUGCCUAAGACAAAAACUGAGGAUCAAAUUAACGCAGAACAGAACUGGUAUGAAACUGACAAGGUGUGGUUGGUCCAUAAAGAUGGGUUCUCCUUAGCCAGUAAAUUAAAUGCAGAGAACAGCGCCUUGCCCGAAGGGAAGGUGAAAAUUAGACUGGAUAACGAUGGAAGUUUACUGGAAGUGGAUGAAGAUGAUGUGGAAAAGGCUAAUCCCCCAUCUCAUGACCGGGUGGAAGACUUAACAUCUCUGGUUUACCUUAAUGAAGCCAGUGUACUGCACACAUUGCGACAGCGAUAUGGAGGGAACCUGAUCCACACAUGUGCAGGACCAGCCAUGGUUAUCAUGAACCCCCUGAGCUCCCCCUCUAUAUAUUCCGAAAAGGUGAUGCACAUGUUCAAAGGAUGCCGCAGGGAGGACACAUCUCCGCAUAUAUAUGGCGUUGCCCAAGCUGCAUAUUGGAAUAUGCUGAUGACUCGCCAAGACCAAUCUAUUGUCUUGCUUGGUAGUAGUGGCAGCGGCAAAACCACAAGCUGUCAGCACUUAAUCCAGUAUCUGGCGACAGUAUCCGGCAGCACAGGGAAGAUUCUGACAGCAGAGAAAUGGCAGGCGGUGUACACCAUACUGGAAGCUUUUGGCAACAGCAGCACCAGCCUCAAUGGAAAUGCCACUCGCUUUUCUCAGAUCAUCUCAUUAGACUUUGACCAAGCAGGUCAGGUGUCUUCUGCUUCUAUUCAGACUAUGCUACUGGAAAAGCUGCGUGUCGCCAGACGUCCAGAAAAUGAAGCUUCCUUUAAUGUUUUUUACUACCUCCUGGCUGGCGCAGACAAUACACUUCGGACUGAGCUGCACUUUAACCACUUGGCAGAAAACAAUGUGUUUGGCAUAAUGGCCCCCACCAAGGCUGAGGAGAAGCAGAAGGCAGCACAGCUAUUCAGCAAGCUUCAGGCCGCCAUGAAAGUUCUGGGUGUUUCCAGUGAGGAGCAGAAAGCCUUCUGGUUAAUUCUGGGAGCCAUUUAUCACCUGGGCUCAGCAGGAGCCACCAAAGCGGGCAGGAAGCAGUUUGCACGGCAUGAGUGGGCACAGAAAGCCGCCUACCUUUUGGGCUGUUCACUGGAACAACUCUCCUCGUCAGUGUUCAAACACCAACCUAAAAAUAGUGGCCUACAGAAGUCUACUUCCUUCCGCCAAGGCCUGGAUGAUGGAAGCCAAGUAGAUGGCUCAGGUACUAAACUCUCUGCACUGGAUUGCCUGGAAGGCAUGGCCUCUGGCUUGUUCUCUGAACUCUUCACAUUGCUCAUCUCAUUACUAAACAGAGCCUUGAAAUCCAACCAGCAUUCAUUGUGUUCAAUCAUGAUUGUGGACACUCCUGGUUUCCAGAACCCAGAGCUAGUCAAGCAGGGGCGAGGGGCCACUUUUGAGGAGCUGUGCCACAACUAUGCCCAGGAGCGUCUGCAGGCCCUAUUUCAUGAGAAGACAUUUACUCAGGAGCUUGAGCGAUACAAAGAGGAAAAUAUAGAGCUUGCAUUAGAUGAAAUAGAGCCUAGUACAUCUGGCUCAGUAGCUGCUGUAGACCAAGCGUCGCAUCAAGCAUUGGUGAGAACGAUUGCAAGAACUGAUGAGGCUAGAGGCCUUUUAUGGUUACUGGAAGAGGAAGCACUCCAGCCUGGUGGCAAUGAGGACUCCCUAUUGGAACGACUGUUCUCCUACUAUGGGCCUCAGGAAGGAGAGGAGACAGGUAAGAAGCCUCUGCUCCGAAGCAGCAAGUCACGACAUUUCCUGUUGGGUCACAGUUAUGGGACCAACUGGGUGGAGUAUGAUGUUACUGGGUGGUUAAACUAUGUCAAGCAGAAUCCAGCUUCCCAAAAUGCAGUUUCAUUACUUCAAGAUUCCCAGAAAAAAAUCAUUAGCAGUCUGUUUGCUGGCAGAACGGGCAGUGCCACAGUGCUGUCAGGUUCGGUCGCUGGGCUAGAAGGUGGAUCACAGCUAGCCUUGCGCAGAGCCACUAGUAUGAGGAAAACAUUCACCACAGGGGUGGCAGCUGUCAAGAAGAAGUCACUAUGCAUUCAGAUAAAACUCCAAGUGGAUGCCCUAAUAGAUGCUAUCAAGAGGUCCAAGAUUCACUUUGUUCAUUGCUUCCUGCCUAAAACGGACGCCUGGAACAGUGAUACGAGGUUGUUACCAGCUGCACGAGUUGGCUCCAGUGAUUCAGAUUUAUCAGGGGAACGAUGUGAUGCUGAGUUAAUGCAAGUGGACGUGCCUCUCCUGCGGGCUCAGAUCCGUGGCUCUCGAUUACUUGAUGCUCUGCGCAUGCACAGACAAGGUUAUCCAGAUUACAUGGCAUUCUGUGAGUUCCGGCGUCGGUUUGACGUUCUUGUACCUCAUCUCACUAAGAAGCAUGGACGAAAUUACAUUGUCACAGAUGAGAGGAGGGCUGUAGAAGAGCUUUUAGAAGCAUUAGACUUGGAGAAGAGCAGUUAUCAUAUGGGCCUGAGCAGGGUAUUCUUCAGAGCAGGAACAUUCUCAAAGCUUGAAGAACAGAGAGAUGAGCAGACCAGGAGUAAUCUCACACUUUUCCAAGCUGUGUGUAGGGGUUACCUGGCACGACAGCAAAUCAAGAAGCGAAAGAUCCAAGAGCUUGCUAUUCGUUGCAUUCAGAAAAACAUUAAGAAGAACAAAGGAGUGAAAAACUGGCCUUGGUGGAAGCUUUUUACCACCGUACGACCUUUGAUUGAAGUGCAGCUUACAGAGGACCAGAUUCGAGGAAAAGAUGAUGAAAUCCAGCAGUUGAAAAGCAGGGUAGAAAAAGUGGAUAAGGAGCGGAAUGAACUGCGACUAAACACAGACCGCCUGGAGAGCAGGAUUACAGAACUGAAUUCUGAGCUUACAGACGAGAGGAACGCCGGAGAAUCUGCCUCCCAGCUACUGGAGACUGAGACCGCAGAACGACUUCGCUUGGAAAAAGACAUGAAAGAUCUUCAGGCUAAGUAUGAUGCCCUUAAGAAGCAGAUGGAUUCCAUGGAAGUUGAGGUGAUGGAAGCCAGGCUAAUACGCGCUGCAGAGCUAAAUGGAGACAUGGAUGAUGAUGAUACUGGAGGAGAAUGGCGUUUGAAGUAUGAGCGCUCAGUACGAGAGAUUGAUUUUACCAAAAAGCGCAUGCAACAAGAAUUUGAGGAUAAAUUGGAAGUAGAGCAACAGAGCAAGAGGCAGCUUGAACGAAGAUUAGCAGAUCUACAAGCAGACAAUGAAGAAACCCAGCGAACUCUGCAGCAACUAAAGAAGAAAUGUCAGCGUCUCACAGCUGAAUUGCAAGACACCAAACUGCAUCUAGAGGGUCAUCAGGGACGCAAUCAUGAUCUUGAGAAAAAGCAAAGAAGGUUUGACAGUGAGCUGGCGCAAGCUCAGGAAGAAGCUCAGAGAGAGAAGAUACUAAAGGAAAAGCUGAGUCGUGAAAAGGACGUGCUCACCUCUGAGCUCUUUAGCCUCAGACAGCAGCUAGAGGACAAGGAUUCUGAGAUUGCAAUCUUCACAAACAAGGUAGAUCAGCUGGAGGUGGAGAUCCAGGAUAUCUCAAGCCAAGAAUCCAAGGAUGAGGCAUCUCUGGCCAAGGUCAAAAAACAGCUGCGUGACCUGGAGGCCAAAGUCAAAGACCAGGAGGAAGAACUGGAUGAGCAAGCUGGAAGCAUUCAAAUGCUUGAGCAGGCUAAACUGCGCCUGGAAAUGGAAAUGGAGCGACUCAGACAAUCUCAUUCCAAGGAACUGGAGAGUAAAGAUGAGGAAGUCGAGGAGAUUCAAAAGUCCUGCCAGAAAAAGUUGAAGCAGAUGGAAGUGCAGCUAGAAGAAGAAUAUGAAGAUAAGCAAAAAGUCCUUCGUGAGAAGAGAGAUCUGGAAAGCAGAAUGAGCACUAUGAGUGAGCAGGUUAGCCACCGUGACUUUGAAACAGAGAAGCGCUUACGGAAAGAUCUGAAGAGAACAAAAGCUCUUCUGGCUGAUGCCCAAAUCAUGCUGGAUCAUUUGAAGAACAAUGCCCCCAGCAAGCGUGAGAUCGCCCAGCUUCGGAGCCAGCUGGAAGAGUCUGAAUUUACCAGUGCAGCUGCAGUGAAAGCUCGUAAGUCCAUGGAAGUGGAAAUUGAGGAUCUUCACCUUCAGAUUGAUGACAUCUCCAAAGCAAAGACUGCUCUGGAAGAGCAGAUAAGUCGGCUCCAGAGAGAAAAGAAUGAGCUGCAGAGUCGUAUGGAGGAAGACCAAGAGGAUAUGAACGAGCUGAUGAAGAAACACAAAGCUGCAGUGGCUCAGUCCUCCCGGGACCUUGCUCAAAUCAAUGACCUGCAGUCUCAGCUAGAAGAGGCAAGUAAGGAGAAGCAGGAGAUACAAGAAAAGCUUCAAGGCCUACAGAGUCAGCUGGAAUUCCUAGAGCAGUCUAUGGUGGAUAAGUCUGUAGUCAGCAGACAGGAGGCUAAGAUUCGGGAGCUUGAGACACGCUUAGAGUUUGAGAGAACGCAAGUGAAAAGGAUGGAGAGCUUGGUCACUCGUCUAAAAGAAAACAUGGAGAAGCUUACAGAGGAACGUGACCAGCGGGCAGCAGCAGAGAACAGAGAAAAGGAACAAAACAAAAGGAUACAGAGGCAGAUGCGGGAUAUGAAGGAGGAGAUGGGAGAGCUAGCUAAGAAAGAGUCAGAAGCCAGUCGAAAGAGGCAUGAGCUGGAGAUGGAUCUGGAGAGCUUGGAAGCUGCUAACCAAAGUUUACAGUCAGACCUGAAACUGGCCUUCAAGCGUAUCGGGGACCUGCAAGCUGCCAUUGAGGAUGAAAUGGAGAGUGAUGACAAUGAGGACCUCAUUAACAGUCUGCAAGACAUGGUGACCAAGUAUAACAAACGAAAGAAUAAAAAUGAUGGAGACUCUGAUGCAGAUUCUGAGCUUGAAGAUAGGGUGGAUGGAGUGAAAUCCUGGCUUUCUAGAAACAAGAGUUCCUCUAAAGCCUUUUCAGAUGAUGGCAGUUUAAAGAGCUCAAGUCCUCCAUCAUACAGAAAGCCGCUUAGCUAUGACAAAUCUGACGAGGAGCGAGAUAAUUUUGAAAGCACAUACCGAUCCAAAUACUCACCACGAAGCUACCUGAGUGACAGCGACACAGAGACCAAAACCUCCGAACUGUUGUCCUAAGCAGAAAGCGAGAGUGAUGUGAUGCUAAGGAAUGUGAACAUUCUGUCAUGUCUGUAGCUUGAGGAAUGUUAUUUAUGAAGAUGUCCUUGGACUGUUUGUACUGAAUUUUAAAUUCCAAUGGGAGAAGAAGCAAAGGAUACAGGGAUUAAUCUGCCCGCCCAUCACUUUAUACCUUGCAAUCGUACUGCAUGGGCUACAUGCUGCAUUAAAGGUUGAAAGCAGCUUUCACCUGAGUGUCUUCAUGUGUGUUUCAUGCUUGAUGGUUGGUUGGAUAUAGGGAACAUGAUAAAUGGAUAUUUUAUUACCCCAAUAUAAAUCCCCUAUUUUCUUGUUUAUUAACUUUCUUUCUUAACUAUUGGAAAAUUGAACUCCACUAUGAGUUUCUUUGUUGGACUAUAAUGUAAAAUUUCUCCCUUUGUAAAUACUUUGAGUGUAAGCUCCCAUCACCUGGUACACCACAGAAAUGCUACUUGUGAGACUUUCAUAAAGCCAAAAUAGCUGAAACAAGGCUAUGCUGCCUAUAACUGAAAGGUGCCUUUUAUUCCUUGUUUGUGUUUCAACUCUUUAUUGUGGAAGACCACUUUAUCUUUCUGCAAACUUUUAGGUUGAUUGAUAUAUUUGUGUAUUAUGUACAUACUAUAGUUAUUCCUAAUAAGUAAUAAUUAAAAAAAUAAAUGGUAACACAACAGAGAUCACUCAGGCUGGAUCUGAUGGGAUCUGAUGCUGUCCAUGAUAAGAAAAGGAUGAUUCAAAGGUUAAUGGUAAGAGGGCAGUGUAAUGUCAUAUCCAAUGGGCAAAUGUAGCAUGAGGUCUUAUCCUCAGAUCUUUUUAAGUUCUUCCAGGUCCUGCAAUAGAGUUGCUUUCCUUGGGCAGCAAUAGGGCUACUACCAAAUCUAACAGGUAGCAUUAUCGGUAAACAGAUAUAGAAGAUAUAGAAUAAUCCAGCUCCACAUACAGUCCACAUACAGUAUAUACUAACAAGUAUUUUACCGUUAUUCAUAGAGAUGGCUAGAAAGCUCUUAGAUAUUUAAAGGUUUAGAGAUUAGUCAUAUUUCCUGCUUUUAGUUAGAUCUGUUGGUUGUAUUGUACAUUCGUUCUUGGGCAAGUUCAAUAGAAUUCUAAUUCAGUAUUUUAACUCUUUGCACAGCUUAAAGUUGGGCAACACUUGAAUGCUCUUUUAACGUUAAAAUAUAGGAACUUAUAUCAAAAUAUCCCAGAAGACUUGUUGCAAUGAAGUGUAAUGCAUCUUCAAUGGAAUGAGCUGUAUCAUGUUGAUUCUUUGUACAGGAUCUGGUAAAUUCCCCUUGUCAUUCAUUAUGUUUGCUCUCUGCUCCUUUGUUUUGUUAAUGUUACUAGUCAUCCUGUAGACUGUGCAAUAAAACCCAGUGGGAUGUUUUGUCAAAUACGACAAAACAGUUCAAAUGCAAUCUUCUACCCACGUUAAAUAUUGUAAAAUAUUAUUGUUAAUUAUAUCUAACUUUAUUACUUGUCUGUGUCUGACUCCAAUAGGUGAAGGGAUUUUUUUUAUGUUUUUUUAUAUAUUUAAUCUGUUCUGUUGCUCAGGACAUAAUUAUGUCCCAUUUAAUAAUCUGAGAAUUUGCUGGAAUCUGCUUCUCAGAAGAGUUAUGAGUUUUAGGAAAUUAAAUUAAUUCUACUGCAGACCCACACAGUCUCCAAUAGGAGUCCCAAAAUGUUGCAUCUAGAAAUAAUCCGAGAAAACUUGUGCUAGGCAAGCACGUUUCUCUUGCAGAAGUGGUAGAGGUUUUAUGUCACCAUACAUUGGAUGUGCUUGAUUUGAAUGCAGCUUUUUAUAUGAAUUGUGUGGAUGGUUAAAUAAAAAGAAAGAUUGGCCUGAA